AUGGCAGAAAUAAAAGAUGCCCACAUAGUCGAAAUCCCAGUCGACGAGGAGCAUCGGCAGAAAUUAAUCUGUGCCAUGAAUGCAAUUUAUGCAAUCCAACAACACCCAUUAACGGAAAUCUCUCAAAGUCCAGGCCACUUCUUGCUUCUCAAGCUUUGGCAAAGAGAAGAUGACCUAUUUGGCCGGAGAAUAGCCAUGAAAGAAAAGAGAAUGGAUUCUAUUAGAAGAGAAAUUUUCCAACUCUGUUGCUUUAUCUUCAUUUUCCAUGGCGUUUUCUUGACAAUCUUGUUUACAUCUUCAUUGGAGGACCAUCAUAAUGUGAAACUUUACAGGUACUGGAAAGUGGAUAGGCAGUUGCAGAGGGAGAGGGCGGACGGCCGGGCCUUAACUCGAUGCAUUCAGGAGUUGAGGAUGAAAGGGGCAAGCUUUGAUCUGUCUAAAGAGCCUCAGAUUGGGAAGAGAAUGAAGAGUUCCAAUUCAUCCUCUGUGCCUAAAUUCCCGAGGCGAGCCCCAAGAGAUCAUGAUCAGGGAAUACAGCAGUUACUUCUCUCCAUUUCUUACGAGGGAUGA